AUGUCAUCAAAAUCACCAGCUGGCGGCUACUACGCCGUGCGCGUUGGCCGCAGCCCCGGCGUCUACCGCUCCUGGGACGAGUGCAAGGCCGUGGUCAACGGAUACCCGAGCGCAAAGUUUCAGCGCUUCAAAACCGCCACUGAGGCCGAGGCCUUUGCCAACGAAACUGCCAGCAGCGCUGCCGGCAUUUCCCUUGCAGACAAAACUACGACCACGACCACCGCGAUGCGGAUACCAGUAACGCCUGUCGGUCCUGGGCGCAACAAGCGACCAGCACCAUAUCAAACUACACCUGGCAGUCGCAGCAGCAGCAGCGCCACUAAUAUCCAUAAUAACAGCAAAAACAACACAAGCAGGAUUACCACUACUACUACUGUUGACACAGCAGCUGGACCCACCCGCUUAAACUUGUCGAAUUUGGGCAGGACACGGCCACCACGGGCAACACAGCCAACCAAGCAGUCCAUCACACAUCCAGGCAUGAAGCCCCCCGCUGCAGGAAUCCUCGACGACGGCACACUGGUAGUAUACACCGAUGGCGCAAGCUCGAAGAACGGCCACAAAGGUGCACGCGCCGGACUCGGCGUGUACUUUGGCCACUCGGACCCGCGCAACCUAGCGGAGCCAUUGCUUGGCCCCAAACAGACAAACCAAAGAGCUGAGCUCAGCGCCAUUAUCCGCGCUCUAGAGGUCACUCCCACGGUGCCCAAUAUGUGUAUCUGCUCGGACUCUAUGAAUUGGGAGAGGACUGCAUGGAUUAAUUCUCAAGGUAAACCAGUGGAGAAUGAUGAUCUAGUGAAGCACGCUUUAACGCUUAUCAGAGAACGUAGUGGCUCAGUGAGGGGACAUGAUUACACUUUCCCUACCAAACAGGACUUGCUGCUGACAGGACAAUGA